GCCCCUGGCCCCUAGGCCCCAAACUAGGGUCCGGCUGCGACAGAGCCUGGGCGGAGCGGUCUUCUCGCCUUGGCAGCCCCCUCGGUGCUGCUGCACCCCCUCCCCGACUGCGUGUCCCAGGCUGACGCUUGCGCAGAGAACUCCCCGCUGAAGUGGCCGAGGGUUCCGCGUCGACCUAAGCAGGACCCACGGUCAAGGGCCUCCCGCGCCCCGCCGCAGACUGUCCAAAGCCACCGGGAAAAUGGUGGAAAACUCACCGUCGCCAUUGCCAGAAAGAGCGAUUUAUGGCUUUGUACUUUUCUUAAGCUCUCAAUUUGGCUUCAUACUUUAUCUUGUGUGGGCUUUCAUUCCUGAAUCUUGGCUACACUCCUUAGGCUUAACCUAUUGGCCUCAAAAAUACUGGGCAGUUGCACUGCCUGUCUACCUCCUCAUUACUAUAGUAACCGGUUAUGUACUCUUAUUUGGAAUUAACAUGAUGAGCACCUCUCCACUCAACUCCAUUCAUACAAUCACAGAUAACUAUGCUAAAAAUCAACAGCAGAAGAAAUACCAAGAAGACUCCAUCCCAGCAUUAAGGGAUAUUCCUAUUAAUGAAGUAAACCAAAUGUUUUUUCUUGCAAACAAAUAACUUUACACCAAAAAUUGAGGUGUAUAUAAAUAUACCAACACCAACCAUUUAUUUCUAAGUUUUUCACAGGAUAAUUUUAACCAUAAUUAUGUUGACUAUUGACUUAUUAAUACCCAGUUUUAGAUGUAAAAAAAAUGAAAUUUGAUCUUAAAGUUUAAUUAAAUAUUGCAAAUGUUUUCUAGUUAAUGCACAGGAUAAAUAAAAUACUGCAUUAACCUAUACAAGACUGAAAAAAAAUCAUAUUGCUUUAAUCAAGAAGUCCCAAGACAAGCAGAGCGGCGCACAACUAUAUUCUAAAAGCUACUCAGGAAGCUGAGUUAGGAGGAUAGUGUUACGGUUGUCUAGAUGUCUCCCCAAAGCCUCAUGUGACCAUGGGUGGGGCUUUUCAGAAGUGGCUGAAUCUAGAGUAUAUGA